GGCAGUGUUAACGACAUGUGACGCUGUAACUUAGACAACUAAAAUACCUAUUUAUUAACUUUGUGUGUUAAGUAAAAUGGGAAGUUCUUUUUUGGUAUUCGAAAGGUAUCUCUACCAGACGAUAAACCCACCACCCCCAAAUUAUCCAACAUGCCCCCCACCAAUAGGACCCCACAGUGAAGAGGUGCAUUGUAAAAUAAAUAACAGUGACCAUUUGGAUGGUUUAAAUGAUGAUGACCUUCCGUCUCUGAGAAAUUUUAUUCUGUAUUCCGUUGUUAUUACAAUAAUAAGUUGUUUUGGAAUAGUUGGAAAUAUAAUGUCAUUGGCAGUUCUUAGAAGAAAGGAGCUCGUUGGAUCAGUCUAUACCUAUUUAUCAGUAUUAGCAGCUACCGACCUCGCCCUUUCAAUAAUCUUCUUCUUAGGAGGUCUAGCUAGGGGUGCGUUUUACGGAACCAAAUUAUCAAUGCUUGAUGGAUUGGUAGGUUUACCACUUGCUGGAGCCUUUAAUUCCAUGGCAGUGAUGGCUACAGUUGGUGUGACAAUAGAUAGAUGUGUAUAUCUUUGGAAUCCAGCCCAUUGCACUAAACCAAAGUUCUGCAAUCCAAAAUUAGCAAGAAUAUUAAUGUCCAUAAGUGCAGGUUUUUCAGUGAUUCUAAAUACACCUUAUUGUUUCAUAUUCACUGUAAACCCAGAUGGAACUAUGGGCCUUUCGAAAUUCAUUCAUUCCAGCUUAUAUGCUUGCUAUAACUGGGUUUUAUUAGUAAUCUUUACUAUUACACCAGGAACUAUAUUAAUUAUUGGAAACAGCUUCCUAAUAAGAACCUUGCAAAAAGCACGCAAAGUUAAAUGCAAUGGAAGGAAGAGACAGGACCACAGAAACUUGACGAUUACCUUAAUAAUUAUAAUUGUUCUCUUCAUAAUAGUAGAAGUACCAUCUAACUUUCUAUCACGUACUAGAGCAGUCACUUUAAUAUUUUUUGGAGCAAACGUAGGACUUGACGAAAUGGUUAUAGAAAUCGUCAGAGAAAUAUGCACUUUACUGGGAGCUGUUAAUGUGACAGCAAAUUUUUUAUUAUACUACCUGUUUUGUCCAGCAUUCUGUAGAGCACUUAAGGAGACAUUCAGAGUUCGCACUACGAAAAAAGUCGAAAAAGUUCAAGUAAACGUCAUCGUUUUGGGCGAAAACCUGAAGAUGGCUGCAGUAAAAUCCAAAUUUCUUGAAAUGACAAAAAAUAUAGGCCAUCCAGUGUUCAAGAAACAAAAUGCUAAUACAGAUUUAGAAAAUUCUAAUACAAAGCAAGACGAUUCGGAAUACGUAGAAAUCAUAAAUGACUAUAACGAAAUCACUUUAUCUUCUAGGCUGUCCGAGACAGAGACUUAUAAAAAUGAAUCAAUAAUCAAUAACAACCAAUGCUAAAUUAGACCAGUAAGGAUCUGUUUUUAGGUGGAUGUGAGAGGUGGCACUCAGAUUUUUGCGGAUAAAGUUAGGUGAUAACUUCGUUAAUAAUAAUUGAUUUAUGCUCCUUCUCAAAUAUGCCCGGAACAUUAAUAAACAAAAUAAAAUAUUUAAAUAUUUCAAAAAAUUUCGUUUUUUUUUUUUCUAAUUUUUUUGCUUAUAACUUUAAAACGAUUCAUUUUGGAACAAUGUCGUAUAGGAAUAAAUAAAACAAAGAUAAUUAAAUUUUCAUGAUUCAAUUAAAUCAGAUGCGAUUGGUUAAGAAUGUCGUAAUUUAUCACCAUUGCUGCAAAAUAGCAAUAAAUAUAAAAUAAGGGGGCAAAACAAGCCUUUCAUUAUUCAAUGAUUUUCCAUCACUUAGGUUACACUUGGAACCUUCCUAAUUCGCUUAGAAAAUUUUUGUAAUGCGCUAAAACCGUACACCAAAUUUCGUUAAAAUUGACCUACUAGAUUUUGAAUAAUAAUUUUGCAAUCUAAACUUUUUUUUUUAAAUUAAAAUUUUUAAAACCUUGCACAACAAAAACUAGAACAUACAAAGAUUUGUCAAUUUUUUUACAUAUAAAGAAGCACUCCACCUAUCUAAUGCACUUUACAUAAUUGAAAUCGGAUUGUUUAAGCAGCCUCACCAAUGUUUUAAAGUUAUAAACAAUUUUUUGGCUUAUAAACAAAUUAGUCCUGUGGCCAGGAGGGGGUGCUACGGGCUCCUUUAUUUAGAUGGACUUACCCAAGAUUUUUAUGUAUUUUUGACCCGUGGAACACGAUUUUUUUGGGUAACAGUUGAUCCGGAUGUCGAUAAGGUUGUUAUAAACAAAGAACUUGAGGAAUUACAUAACAUCGAUUUUUCGCAAAAUAAAACAGUUUUUUGUAUUUCUUGGGUAAUUCUAAGCAAAAAAUGUUCUUACAAGUUUUUUCGUAGGAUGCAUAGUUUUCGAGAUAAACGCAGUGGAACUUUCAAAAAUUUGAAAAAUUGCAAUUUUUGAACACGAAUAAAUUUUGAUUAAAAAAUAAAAUAGCAAUUCUGCCGACAGCAUUUGAAAGUUUAAGUUAAAUUAUACCGGUUUUAAUUAUUUGCAUUGCUAAAAAUUAAUUUUUCCGCAUAUCGCCAGGAAAUGGCUUAAUAUGAAAAAUCGUAGAGAGAUGCACGCAGUUAUGUUUUAUGUCAAAUUGCUAAAAGAAAAAUCUCCUCCAUAUCUUUAUUAUAAAAUUAGAUAUAGAACAGACAUACACACACUUAAUUUAAGACAUAAACAUGCAUUGUCAUUGCCCAGACAUAACACACACUUGUUUAAAAGAAGCUUUUCCUAUAACAUUGCUUGCUAUAUCAAUGAUUUACCCUUCGAUCAUCGGCAAAUAUCCACAAACAAACUUAAAAGGGCACUAUUCGACCACUACUUUUCUACACAAUCUUAGUUUUCUCAUGGUGAAUACUCUUACAUUUUAUUUGUAAUGUUUGGUACUUUAUUAGGUAAGUUGUAAAGUGGUAGAAGUGGUAAGUUGUAAAGUUGUGUAGAUAUUAUAAUUUUAAAUUUUUUUAUGUUUUUAUAGUGAUACCUAUUUGUAAUUUGAAUCUUCAAGUUUUGUUCUGUACACCAUCUACAACUUUUAGGGGUUAGGUGGAAGAGCAGACCUACGUUGACUGCUAAAGCUUCUCUGUAAAAAUAUAUUGUUAAAAGUAACGUACGAACUGAAUCUCGCCCCAAAUUUAUUUUCUGUUAUUUUUGUAUCUUUUUUUGGAAGACAUUAAUAAAGACAUUUAUUAUUAUUAUUAUUAUUAUUAAUUUUGACAUUCCUGUCAAAAUUUCUUGAAGAAAAAGUCAGGACUUCCUUACUGUAAGGAAAUGUCAUUUCCUUACUGUAAGGAAAUGAUAUUUCCGUACAGUUGUUAGUGUUCUACAUAAAUUUUUACAAUCUAGGAAGUAUGCCAUUACAACAUUUUCUGAGAAAGAACUCGUAUUUUUACUCAUGCGAUAAUCCAUAAAACGUCUGUAUGCAUUUUCGUACUUUUCUCUUGAUUUCUUUGGCAAUAAUUCUAAUGAAGCAGUAUUCACUGCCUCAACCAGCUCUGGAGGAGUCCCAGGAAUGGAAAUUUCAUCAUCACUUAUCAUUUUACUUUCGAGAACACCAGCAAUUAAAUUUAUAAGCGUCAAGUUUGACAAUUCAACCUCAAUACGUUUCCAUAGUAACCCAAGUAAUUUUAUUAGGAAUUUCAAAGCACCAUUUAUUUGGGAAUAAAAUUAUCGCGUUUUUUUUAAAUCAAUCAAUAUCUGUCGAAUUUUAAACGAUUUGCGGAAAAAUAGUAUGUUUACCUCGUAGGAAAAGCCACAUUCCUGGACUCUGUGUUGCUAAGUCUCGGCUUGCGCCUCGACUUAGCAAUCUUCACAGUCGUCCAGGAAUGUUAAGCUUUUCCUACCCGGUAAACAAUGUACUAUUUUUAUUAUUAAACAAAGCUAUUUGUUUAUAAGCCAAAAAAUUGUUUAUAAGUUUAAAACAUUGCUGAGGCCCCUUAAAUAAUCCGAUUUUAAGUCUGUAGAGUGUAUUAGAUAGGUAGAGCACCUUUUUAUAUGUAAAAAAAUUAAACAACUUCUAAAUGGUCUACUUCUUGUUCAGAAAGAUUUUAAAAAUUUGAACUUUUUUAAAAACAUUUAGAUUGCAAAUUUAUUAUUCAAAAUCUAUUAGGUCGAUUUUAAUGAAAUUUGGUAAACGGUACAAAUAUAUUACAAAGAAUUUCCUAUGCGAAUUACUAAGAUUCUAAGUGCCACCAAAGUAGUUAAAAACAUUGAAUAACAACAGGCGUAUUUUGACGCCUUAUUUUGUAUUUAUUGAUUUAUUGCAAGACAUUUUUGACCAGUCGCAUAUUAUGCAAAAUUCAAUUAUCUUUAUUUUAUUUCUCUACGACUUUGUUCCAAAACGAAUCGUUUUAAAGUUAUAAGCAAAGAAAGCAGAAAAAAAAUCGACGUUUUUCGAAAUUUUUAAAUAUUUUAAUUUUUUUAUUAAUGUUCCGGGCCUAUUUGAGAAGGAGCAUAAGUCAAUUAUUAUUACUGAAGGUGUCACCUAACUUUAUCUGCAAAAAUCCGAAUGCCACCUUUCACAUCCAAAAAUAGACGUUUUUUCACAGAUCUUUACUGGUCUAAAUAUUAAGGAAGGUAUUUACAUUUCUGGACCUCGGAGGUAAACCUAUGUCGACAUUGUGUUUUUUUGAACAAGUUUUUUUAAUCCACUUGUUUUAGUAGUUUAGAUUAUAGAAAUUGAUUAUAUAUUAUCAUUAAAAUAUACCUAGAUGUAUUCCUAGAUGUCUAUCAAACCAUUAUGGCAUAUAACAUAUUUUUAAACGCUUUUCUUUACUUCAAUAGUUUGCAUCAAAUUUUUAGACGUUAAUUUGACUGACUUUUCUUCAAUUCAAAUGAAUGAAAAUUUGCAGACAUAUGCAUUUGCGGGAACAAUACACGGAUAGUCAAUAAAAAAUUUUUUGGUUUAUUAAUUGUUUAAAUAAAAAAAAACGAUUUUAAUGGAAAAUGCUUAAAUUCUCUUGUUUUUUACAACGUAGAAACUUAAAACUUUUACGGAUUGUAGCUAAUGAUAUGAACUAUACAUAAUUUCACUUUUUACGUUAAUUGCUUACGUUAUGCUUCAUAAAUAAACAAUAAAGUUUCAAACUUUGAACGCUCAUAUAUUUGUUUACAUAUAAAUCGGCGUUUAUUCAUGUCAAAUUUCAAUACGAUACGAAACAAAACUUCAACCAAAUCUCGAAUUUAAAAAAUUCGUCUUUUUAUCGUAGUCUUAGAAAAACCACUGGUAGAGACGUUUUGUGCUACAAUUAACAAUAGAAUCCAUUUUGUCGUAUUAAUUAAUUAAACACUUUUCUUUAGUUCAAUCGUUUGGGCCAAAUCUUUGGACGUUAAUUUGACUGCCUUUCCUUCAAUGCAAAUGACUAAAAAUUUGCAGUAAUAUGCAUUCGUGGGAACAAUACACGAAUAGUCAAUAAAUUUUUUUUGUUUAUUAAUUGUUUAAAUAAAAAAACAAUUUUAACGGAAAAUGCUUAAAUUCUCUUGUUUUUUUACAAUGAAGAAACUUAAAACUUUUACAGAUUGUAGCUAAUUAUAUGAACUAUACAUAAUUUCACUUUUUACGUUAAUUGUUUACGUUAUACUUCAUAAAUAAACAAUAAAAUUUCAAAUUUUUUGCCGAUUCCGACUACUUUUCAUGUUUGUACAUCAUAUGUUUUUAUACAUAUUUUAAUAAACAUGACGAUACCUAUAUUUUAAUGUUUGAAAAGUGUAAGACUAAAUAGUAAAAAAUAAAACAAUAUGAAAAAAAUAUUUUUAAGAAACGCUUUUCUUUAGUUACGAGUGACUAAAAUUAAACAUAAAAAAAUCAACUAAAAAGCAAAAAAUAAAAAAAAAUUAAAAAUCUAACACAUUCGUUAAAGAAAAGCGUGGUGCGAAAACCGUUUAUUUGAUGAAGACGCGCCACGCUUUUCUUUGACGAAUGUGUUAGAUUUUUUCAAUUUUUUUUAUUUUUUGCUUUUUGGUUGAUUUUUUAUAAUAUGUUUAAUUUUAGUCACUCGUAACUAAAGAAAAGCGUUUCUUAAAAAUAUUUUUUUCAUAUGUUUUUAUUAUUAACGUUCUGUGCUCUAAACUUUGUUGCAAACACACGCUAAACAUAGUUGGUAGAAAUGACAUAGUGUAGUUUACCUCCGAGGUCCAGAUUUAUUCAUUUAACGUUAUUAAAAAUAACAUUAAAUGUUUAUUAAAUAUAAAUAUUAUAAAUAAAAUUGUAUUAAAUCCAAA